AUGGCCCGGAGACUUGCCGUUUCCAGAAGCAUAUCCGGCCUUGCCUCGGCUCCGAUCAAGCCUGUUUCUGCCUCCUUCAAGGCAGGGUGGCAACCCCAGAAGAUUGGGUUUUACCAGACCCACCGUUUCUACAGCGUUCUCUCGCUGCAGCCUGCCAAGUUGUUCAAGUACGAUGACAUGAAGAGAAUUGUCGACGAGGCGAAGCCCGAGACCGUCAUUCUCGAUGUUAGAGAACCUAUUGAGUUCCAGGAAGGCCACAUUCCUGGUGCCCGGAACGUUCCGUUCAAGUCGUCGCCAGGCGCCUUGGACUUGUCUGAAGAAGACUUUGAGGACGCCUUUGGCUUUGAGAAGCCCUCCAAGGACCUGGAGCUUGUCUUCUACUGUUUGGGUGGCGUCAGAUCCACCGCUGCCGAAGAAUUGGCUCACUCCUUUGGAUACAACAAGCGUGCCAACUACGUCGGCUCCUGGGAAGACUGGGUGGCCCACGAGAACCAGAGAAAGUAG